UGUUUUGUGUAUGAGGCAGGCGGCUGAAAAUAUCAGGGUUUAACAGAUGGUUUAGGGCUUUGUCGGUAUUUGCGGGAGGAAGCAUCGAGAGGAGGGACUUACCACUCGCUAGGGUUUACCAGAUACUCUAGAGUUUAGGAGGAACCGAGGGAUUUCCUCAUCGCUGGAAGAGGGAUUAUCUCACCACUCGCUAGGUUUUAGGAGGAACCGUGGGAUUCACCACUUACCAUACUUGCAGGUACUCUCUCCGUACAAUGAUUUGCGGCGGGAAGAGCUACGUCUCAGCACCUCCAGCUUUCUCCAAUGACGCCAAGCGGCUUCUUGUCUGCACGGCAAACUCCGUCUCCAUCUUCAGUACCUCCACUGGUUUGCAGAUUACAUCAUUGGAGGGUCACAAGGCCUUGGUGACAUCGGUCACCGUGGUGCCGGCGUCUAGUCAAGCUAGUAAGAUGUUGUGCUUCUGUUGGACCACCUCACUUGAUGGAACUAUUCGCUAUUGGGAUUUCUCGGUGCCGGAGCUCAUGAAGACCGUAGAUAUUCAGCUACCGGUUCAUUCCAUGGUCAUCCCUUCUUUCCUAGGCCAACCGCUGGAGAGGGAUUCAAAAUCCCGUGAUCUUUUUGCUUAUGUAUCAGUUGAAAAUAUAAAAGUGAAGGAUAACAAGCCGGUGCCUACGAGCGCACAAAUCCUUAAGUGUAACUUAACCAAGUCUCGCUUGGCUGCUGGGGUCAUUUUGGCCGAGACUCAACAACCUGAGUAUAUAACUAUUAGCUCGACGGGGAGAUUCUUUGGCAUCUGGAAUAAACGCAAAAUUCAUGUAUGGAAGGUGCCAGAAGUGGAGUCUGAAAGUGUAGGGGCUAAAAGAAUUACUCUGCAUCACACAAAAGACUUGACAGUUCUUGCAUUUCACCCAAUCCAAAGAAUGGUAGCUGCAGGUGAUGUGACCGGGAGAAUUUUAAUAUGGAGGGGAUUUGGUAAUCGGACAUUUUCUGUUUCUGGUACAGAAACUGGCAAAAAAUAUUUUGAGGAUGAAGAUAAACCAGGAGUUAGAGGAAAUGAUGAUGCCGAUUCUUGUUCCACAUGGCACUGGCAUCCUGCUGAAGUGAUUGUUCUAUCUUUCUCCUUUGAUGGGACAUAUCUUUAUUCAGGUGGGAAGGAGGGCGUUCUUGUGGUUUGGCAAAUUGACACAGAGAAGAGAAAGUAUUUGCCACGAAUUGGAUCACCACUAUUGUAUUUUACUGAUUCUCCAGACCCGCUGCUUGCUUCCGUAUCUUGUGCAGACAAUCAAAUUCAUUUGCUGAAAAUGCCCUCUAUGGAAAUCUUGAAGUCCAUCUCUGGGAUCAAGCUUCCUUGUUCUUUUCCGGAUGUUUGUCAAGGCUCUAAUAAUGGAUUUUCCUUCGAUCGAAAUGGUGGUCUAGUUGCCCUUCGUUCAGAGAACUACAGCAUUCAGUUCUACAGUUUAUAUGAUGAUUGUGGAAUUUGUGAGGUUCAAAUUUGUGAGAGGAACCAUCAACCCAGUGAAGAGCUCACUGUUGUAGUGACUGUAGUGGCUCUCUCCCUAGAUGGCUCUUUAAUGAGUACUGCUGAAGUUCGAAGUCCUGAGGAUGGAAUUGGAGGUCUUAUUUGUCUCAAAUUUUGGGAUUCUGAGUUGGAAAACAAAAGGUUUAGUUUGUCAACCGUUGUAUAUGAGCCCCACAGGGAUGCUGGUAUUUCUGCUCUCACUUUCCACCCUAAUCGCCGUAUGGCUGUAAGUACAUCAUAUGGUGGAGAUUUCAAGAUAUGGGUUCGCAAUGAUGGACGUCAGAAAAUUCAGGGAGAGCAAAACUCGAGUUGGAUGUGCCAUUCUGUUGGGUCUUACAAAAAGAAGUCAAUGAAUGCUGCGACAUUUUCUGCCGAUGGCUCUGUUUUGGCCGUUGCUGCAGAAACUGUCAUUACAUUAUGGGACCCCGAGCAGAAUAUCCUCAUUGCUGUUAUUGGAGAGACUCUUACGCCAAUUGUGAAUCUUUCCUUUGCCGGAGACUCUGAGUUUCUUAUAUCUGUGUCACAAGGUUCAAGACCACAACUAUCAGUCUGGAGUAUGACGAAACUGUCAGUAUCUUGGUCAUACAAACUUCAUGUAGAAGCUGUGGCCUGUGCUGUGGAUACUUCUUCUUUUGCUGUUCUUGCCCUUAUCCCCGAAUCUGUACGCUUGCAAUUUAAUGACUCAACCUUUCAAGGGAGAGAUGGAGUGAUAUUGCAUUUUAAUGCCAAUGAUCCUGUUCCCCAGAAUACCUGGUCUGUUAGGAAGGCUCAGGGAGGGGGUCUUGCUUUUCUUCGAUCCAAAAAAUCUUCCAAUAGUUCAGAUGGGAAAUUUGACCAUCCAUGGCUUGUUUAUAUCAAUGGUGACCACGAGUAUACUCUAUUUGACCCAUCUGGCAAAGAAGUACAAGAGCUUAGUUUGACCAAGCAGGGGAGUCAUCACGCCCUUGAAGAAACAGGAGGGAAAUUUGGAUAUCAAGCUAUCUAUGGCGAACUACCAGAAUUUGACUCAAAGGUGGAUCAGACCUUGUCUGCCCCAUCUGUUCCAUCACAGAGGCCUUGGGAGACCAUCUUUAGUGGUUCAUCACACGAACUUCCCCCUCUGAGUAAGCUGUGUUCAGCAUUUUUAGAAUCAUUAUUGGAGAGGAGGACCGUUACUUCCGAGUAAUUUUCGGAGUCAGGUAUCUUAUUAACUGAAAGAUGUCACAAUUGUUGCUUCUUGAGUUCCUGGAUUUGAAUCAGAUCGAUACAAUCCGAAGAUAGAAUUGGUUGGCAUCAAAACAGAAGCCUUUGAAUUCCCGAAUUACAUUCUGAGUUUACAACAUGAAUUAGCUAGCUGUCUUCAUGGUGCAACAAUCAGAAGGUAGCAUCUUCUGUGGCGUACGUUGAAAGAUCUUCUAAAGAAAAGAUUGGACUUGCUUCCAAAAGAGAGUAAGAAUCAUCGGAAAUUUUUGUUAGGUAGUUUUUGAGUGAAUUUUGAUUUAGAAAGAGAUAAUUUGAAAAUUUUGUAAAUUAGAGUUGCGUUUUCAAUAUGGUAACACAUCCCUUUGGAUUAUUGGGAAUCCUAUCUUGAAGUCAUAUAUUAUGGAACAUAACUAUAGUGGUAAUGUUAACUAUUUAAUUGAAAUAUUGACGAUGACCGAGUGUUACCAGAUUAUACAGCUAUAUUUUAC